CAAACACCAAAUCAAACCUAACAAGACUCUUUCAAUAUACCCGAUUUUUCUGUUGAUAUAUUUGCAUUUUCUUCUUCCUUUUCAAACCCCUACCUAGCUACAUUCUUGUUUGUCAAAGGUAUAUAUAUAAUUAAUAGGUGCACAUGAAUAAUCCUCAAUAUGUAUGCUAGUGCUUGAUUCUUGAUAUCAUUCGAGUUAUCUUGCAAUAUUCAUUCAUUCAAUCAUGUGUGACCUCAUGUCUGCGCCUGUUGACCGGCCUAUUAAACUCGGUUAUGAAAUGGAAUAUUCUGAGGAUGAAAAGAAGAAAAGGGUUGGGUCUAUUAAGAAGGUGGCAUUGAGUGCCUCUAGUAAGUUCAAGAACUCCUUCACCAAGAAGGGGAGGAAGCAUAGCAGGGUUAUGUCAAUUUCUAUUGAAGAUAAUUUUGAUGCAGAAGAGUUAACCAUUGUUGACGCUUUUCGCCAAACACUCGUCUUGGAAGAGCUCUUACCCUCAAAGCAUGAUGAUCCUCAUAUGAUGCUAAGAUUUUUGAGGGCAAGAAAGUAUGACAUAGAGAAAACAAAACAAAUGUGGUCAGAUAUGCUGAAGUGGAAAAAGGAGUUUGGUGCUGACACUAUCAUGGAGGAUUUUGAAUUUAAGGAGCUUGAUGAAGUUCUAAAAUACUAUCCUCAAGGGCACCAUGGAGUUGAUAAAGAAGGAAGACCUGUUUACAUUGAAAGAUUGGGUCAGGUUGAUUGUAACAAGCUGCUGCAAGUAACAUCGGUCGAACGUUAUCUCAAGUACCAUGUCAGGGAGUUUGAGAGGACUUUUGCUAUUAAGUUGCCUGCAUGUUCAAUUGCAGCAAAGAAGCACAUUGAUCAAAGCACAACUAUCUUGGAUGUGCAAGGAGUGGGUCUUAAAAGUAUGAACAAAGCUGCAAGGGAUCUCCUCCAGAAGCUUCAGAAGAUUGAUGGUGACAACUAUCCUGAGUCGUUGAACCGUAUGUUCAUCAUCAAUGCUGGUUCUGGAUUUAGGCUCUUGUGGAACACUGUUAAAUCAUUCCUAGAUCCCAAAACCACCUCAAAAAUCCAUGUGCUAGGUAACAAGUACCAGAGCAAGUUGCUAGAAAUCAUUGAUGCCAGUGAACUUCCAGAGUUCUUGGGAGGUACCUGUACUUGUGCAGAUAAAGGCGGUUGCAUGCUAUCUGACAAGGGUCCAUGGAAUGAUCCAGAGAUCUUGAAGCUGGCUCAAAAUGGUGUUGGGAAAUGCGCAAGAACGGUCUUAGCCGGAAUCGAGGAGAAAACAGUCAACCAAGAUGAAACUGCAUAUCAGAAGGGAUUCAAAGAAGCAUAUCCAGAGACACAUGAUGUUCAUUGUUUAUCCACGGAUACACCCAAAUCCUAUGCUGUUGCAAAGAAAUGCGGUGUUUAUAAGUAUGAUUCCUUUGUUCCAGUACUUGACAAAGGAGUUGAUUCAUCAUGGAAGAAAACAAUGCAAAAUGAUAAAUAUGCAAUUUCUAAAGAUUUCUCCAACAAUAAUAAAAAUUAUUCUGGUAAACUUAGCAGUCAAUUUGUUGGUGGAAUAAUGGCACUUGUCAUGGGAAUCGUAACCAUGAUUCGCAUGACAAGUAGCAUGCCAAGGAAAAUCACAGAAGCAGCACUUUAUGGUGGCAACUCAGUGUAUUAUGAACACAAUAUGUUGAAAGCACCUGCCAUUUCAAACAAUGACUACAUGACCAUAAUGAAACGCAUGGCUGAACUUGAAGAGAAGGUUGCUGUUCUCAGUGCUAGACCUGUCAUGUCUCCAGAAAAAGAAGAAAUGCUGAAUAAUGCUCUCACCAGGGUCACUAGUCUUGAACAAGUCUUGGGUGCAACCAAAAAGGCACUAGAUGAUGCUCUUGCUAGACAAGAUGGUCUUCAAGCUCAAAUUGACAAGAAGAAAAAGAAGAAGAAGUUGUUCUGCUUCCGUUAGUAACUUCAUUUGCUAUGUGAUCGAGUUGUAAAGUUGGAGACUAUCUAUAUUAUCAGCCCCCUUGAAUGCAUGCAGAAUUCACCUAUCUUCUUCAUACAGUAUUGUUAUUCUUCUAAGUUUGCUAUAUUUUGACAAUUGUGUAUAUGUUACAUCAUUGAGUCUCAAGCCCAUUCGUAGUAACAUUUGGUUUUCAUUAUCAUUGUAAUUGUAACACCUUUGCCUAUGUGCAAUCUUCAAACUUAAUGUAAAAAGGAGGAUUUCUCCAAGUAUAUUUCAUGCAUUCAUGCUACUUUCUUACCUGUA